ACCCUCAAACAGCGGGGGCGGAAGCGGAAGCCCUGGGUUGGCCUUGGGUUCCGCUGUGGGGGAUGUCCCGUGGGAGUGAGUGAGGAAAUCCUGGCCCCAGCGGGUUUGCGUCCUCGCCUCUUGUCUGCCGGCAGAAUCGGGCCAAGAGACCCCUGCAGGCGCGGGAGGGAGGAAGCUCGACUACCCAAGAAAAGAGCAAGUGGACAGGCAGCUGCGGGGCAGAACCAAACUGUGUUCAGGGUGUUUAGAAGUCGGUCCUGGUCGGCGCCGCUGUCCUCGAGGCCAUGGUGCAGGCGGAGCUCUGGGCGAUACCCAGGUGAGGGCAGCGGCUCCGCCCGGGGAUUUCACCGCGGAAGAACUGGGUAGAUGCGGGGCAGGGAAGAAAGGAUGCUGCCCGCGCUGCUCCCUGGUAGCACCCUGAGCGGCCGCAGUUGCGGUAGCCGCAGCAGAAAGCACAGCGCGGGCCGAGGAGGCGGCUCGAGCUGCUGGUAAAGUCCCCCAACAGCUGUUCUCUGUAGUAUGCGAGUUGACACAACAGCCAAAGAACAGGGCUCCCCAUUACAGUCUCCUUCGAGCUCUUUUUCCUUGCUACUUGGAGCUGAUUUAUGCGGAAACAUGCCUUGCACUUGUACCUGGAGGAAUUGGAGACAGUGGAUUCGACCUUUAGCGGUGGUCAUCUACCUGGUGUCCAUAGUGGUUGCGGUUCCUCUGUGCGUGUGGGAAUUACAGAAGCUGGAGGUUGGAAUACACACCAAGGCUUGGUUUAUUGCUGGAAUCUUUUUGCUAUUGACUAUACCUAUAUCGCUAUGGGUGAUAUUGCAACAUUUAGUGCAUUAUACACAACCGGAACUACAGAAACCAAUAAUAAGGAUUCUUUGGAUGGUACCUAUAUACAGUUUAGAUAGUUGGAUAGCUUUGAAAUACCCCAGCAUUGCAAUAUAUGUGGAUACCUGCAGGGAAUGUUAUGAAGCUUAUGUCAUUUACAACUUUAUGGGAUUCCUUACCAAUUAUCUAACUAACCGGUAUCCAAAUCUGGUAUUAAUCCUUGAAGCCAAAGAUCAGCAGAAACAUUUCCCUCCAUUGUGUUGCUGUCCACCAUGGACUAUGGGAGAAGUAUUGCUGUUCAGGUGCAAACUGGGUGUUUUGCAGUAUACAGUGGUCAGACCUUUCACCACCAUUGUUGCUUUAAUCUGUGAGCUGCUUGGUAUAUAUGAUGAAGGGAACUUUAGCUUUUCGAAUGCUUGGACUUAUUUGGUUAUAAUAAACAACAUGUCACAAUUGUUUGCCAUGUAUUGCCUGCUUCUAUUUUACAAAGUACUGAAGGAAGAACUGAGUCCAAUCCAACCUGUUGGCAAAUUUCUUUGUGUAAAACUGGUGGUUUUUGUUUCUUUUUGGCAAGCAGUAGUUAUUGCUUUGUUGGUAAAAGUUGGCGUUAUUUCUGAAAAGCAUACAUGGGAAUGGCAAACUGUAGAAGCUGUGGCUACAGGACUCCAGGACUUUAUCAUCUGUAUUGAGAUGUUCCUUGCCGCUAUUGCUCAUCACUACACUUUCUCAUAUAAACCCUAUGUCCAAGAAGCAGAAGAGGGCUCAUGCUUUGAUUCCUUUCUUGCCAUGUGGGAUGUUUCAGAUAUUAGGGAUGAUAUUUCUGAACAAGUAAGGCAUGUUGGAAGGACAGUCAUGGGACAUCCUAGGAAAAAGUUUUUUCCUGAGGAUCAAGAUCAAAAUGAACAUACAAGCUUGUUAUCCUCAUCUUCACAAGAUGCAAUUUCUGUUGCCUCUUCUGUACCACCUUCACCCAUGGGUCACUACCAAGGGUUUGGA